AGUCGUUAUGCCCUCCCAUUCACAAAAAAAAAAGCCUCAGCCUGAGCAUCUGCGCAGUACGUCUCCUAACCCUCCCAUUCAUAAAAAGCCAUUCCCCCCUUAUGUAGUUGCAACAUCGUGUCAGAAAGCCCGUGUCGUCUCUGCAGCGCGCACUGCGCUCAUGCUGCUCCGGAUUUUCAACCUGGGCUUUUUCUGGGCUUUUUGGUUUGUUUUUCUCGGAACUACUGCUUCAGUGUUGGAAUAUAGCUACUAACUGAACCGCCAGAGUCACCAUGCGCUGCUCUCCAAAACAAGGCUAGUAGAUGCUGACCUGAGCUCUUUUUGGUGUAUGAGGGACACAACCUACAGAUGGAGUCGAGGGUUGCUCACCACAUUCCUGGAGUCUCUUCGUCCAUGAUGGUGCAGCCUUUGCUGGACAGCAGGGUCCCUUACGGUCGGCUCCAGCACCCGUUGACCAUCUAUCCUAUUGACCAGAUGAAGUCCUUGCAUGUGGAGAACGACUACAUCGACAGCCCUGCAGUGGUGUCACAGCAGCCACCAAGCCACAAGGUGGCCACCAGGGGGCAGGAGGUCCUGCUUGGAGCUCAACACCAUCCUCACCUGUCCCGCUGCGAGGCCCCAGAUGCCACCACCCACCCCUGGAUCUCCUUCAGCGGCCGACCUAGCUCCAUCAGCAGUAGUAGUAGCACCUCUUCCGAUCAGCGGUUGCUCGAGCAUGCGGCACCCACCCCUUUGGUGGACUCUUAUUCCAGCGGUGGAGGCCAUGCCAGGAUCCUGGGUACAGAGCAGCCAAAGCUUCCAGGGUCCAAACCCCAGCACUCAAAACCAGGGGUAGCCUUGCCGACUGAGAAAAACCAUAUGCCUUUGUGCGACAAGUGUGGAAAGUGCAGGUGCACGGAGUGUACGCUGCCCCGGACCCUUCCCUCAUGUUGGGUGUGCAACCAGGAGUGUUUGUGCUCAGCCCAGAACCUGGUGGACUCAGCCACCUGCAUGUGCCUAGUCAAAGGCGUGUUCUACCACUGCACCGAGGAUGAGGACGAGGAAGGCUCCUGCGCCGACAAGCCGUGUUCCUGUUCACACUCAAACUGCUGUGCACGCUGGUCCUUCAUGGCAGCCAUUUCUCUCGUACUGCCAUGCCUUAUGUGCUAUUUGCCUGCCGUGGGUUGUGCCAAGCUCUCACAGAAAUGCUACGACAGCCUCAGGCGCCCGGGCUGCAGAUGCAAAAGUGCUCAGGCCUGCAAGGUGGCAGAGGCCAAGAACUGUCCUCUGGAGAAGCAGGCCUCGUGAUGUCAUGUCCAAAAGAAAUCUACAAAGAAGGACUUGGUGGACAGAAGGUGGCAGAACCUUCUCCAGUUCUUGCGUAUUUCCCCCAAAUCAUGGUACUUAAAGGGUUCACGCUUGGUCCUUACUGUCGUAGUGUCAUGCCACAAUGCUCAGUCACGAUGUUUGUUAGAAUGACUGGCACAAGUCUUAAGUUUAACUACAAAGAGAUAAGGCCUAUUUUUUCCUGUUUUCUCUGUGGGAUCAAAGCAUUCUGCUAUUUCACCCUCUAGUUAAAACACUUGCCAUCACAGAAUGCUGCAAAAAUGUCUGUUUUCUCCUUUGGUGAUUUUGCCUUUGGGUGGCUUGGAACAGUCAAAGUAAAUAUCACCUAUUCAAGAGCAUUCUAUACUUUGGCAAUCCCUCCCCGGAUCUGGCACUGAGAAAAGGUUGCAGUGCAUUCCAGGCUGAUAACACGUUACAAUCAAAAUAACUAGACUUUAUACCUCCAUGCCCACUUAUAAGCUUGUUAUAGAGCUUUUCUUCCCUUUUUUUGAGGUGAGAACAGAAGGCAUCAUUGUUUUGGUCAAAGGACGUCGAGUUCCUUUGUUACCCAGAAAUGCAAUUUACUACUUUGGAAAAUAAGCAAGAGCCCAGUAUUCACCUCUGCAGAAUAGCUCGCUGUCCAUCAUCUUAGGGACAGGUUUGUGGGGUUUUAAUGACAAGUGACUUUCACAUGUAUUCAAAUGCAUGUCACCAUACAUGAACUUCCACAAUAUUUCUUCCAAAUAUUAGCAGUUUGAUUUGUUAUAGAAAAGAUAUCACCUCAGGGAGCACAAUUUUCACAUAUUAUGUAUAGUAUGUAACUACAACAUGGUAGUCAAUUUAAUAGGAAACUGCUACACACAAAUGAAACCAUUUGAUUAAAAACAUCCAUAAGCUACAGGACAAAUGGGUCAGCAGGAGGGUUAUCCCAAAAUAUUAAACUUUCACUAAGACACCUAAAGAACUAAUGACAAGCACAGCAUUAUGUACAAAUGCAUGUACAAUUAUUGUAAUUAGUGAAAUUCUAUUAGUUUGCCAUGUACCAAACCCCUCCAGGUGUAAUCUACUGCUCAUAGGAUUUGCUAUUAUGCAGUUUUGUGGUUUGUCUAGAAUUAGGCUUACAGAUAAUUUGCCAAAGGAGUUCUAGUUUGUAAAUUUUAGUUUAUGUGGGUAUAGCUAUUUGUGAGCUAACAAACCAAUCCCACAGCAAGGUACGAUGUGUUUUGAUUGCUCGGAUUCUUGGACGUGAGGAACGAGUUUUCAUAUACUAAAUUCCCACGCUCAUUUAUUCAAAACUUUUAACGUUAUAUAUUCAGAUGUUUGUACCCAUCUUUGUUGCACAAAUCAGAAAAGCAGAAGAAAAAAAAAACACUACUGUUCUUAGUCUUGAAUGUAUAAAGGCUAGGGUUUAAGUCUUUGCAAUCUAAUUCUUGGAUAGGUGCCAAAGUAGAGACGAGCGCGGAGGCUUGCAUAGUUGCAUAGGUGAAACGUUGCAAAUGUAUCAUUAAUAUUCUAGAAUUAGAACUAUGCAGGAUACAUGCUCUUGUAAAUAGUGUCGAGAAACUAGCCGUCUUAAAGAUGCAUUUCAAAUGUCCUAAAGAAUUGCAUGGUACAAUUUAAUUACAAUUCAGUACAAAAGUAUAUAUAGAUGAAUAUUAUAUUUUUGGGAGGGCUGGGUGUGGGUGGGGGUCAGAAUUAUGUGGUUGUGCAGUAGAAGGCAAAGGUCUUUCUAUUAAAAGCACUUCAUUUAGAAAAGUGUGCCAGGCAAUAAAAAAUACCUCUGUUUAUGCUAACCAUGCCUCAUUAGCACGAAAGGCAUGGCUAAGGUUCCUCUGUGCCCCUGAAACUGUAGAUUUAAUUGAAUCCACUGAAGGAAUGCUGUUUCAGCGUAACCUGGUUCCAUUUGUACGUGUUUGUUGUGGCCACAGCUCUUUUGCCUUCAUCUUAAAAUGGUGAAACAUCUUCUGUGCUUGAUUGACAUAUACAGCUGCUGUGCAUGAACUUGUCUGGGAGGGAUACGAAGCCCUCUCAAAUAACAUUCCAUUCCAUCUUAUUCCAAGAUUUCUAGCCUUUUACACCCCUCGUUCCCAAACACACAAAAAAACUGUGUUUGCAUUGCUGCAAUGUAAUUUGACCUUUAUAGAAAUGAUCUUCCUUUCCACAACACCAAGUAGAAGUGUUAAGGAUGCUGUGACUAUAUUUUAUUUUAUUUUUAUUUUUUCGAGGUACACUUUCUUGGCCACUAGUGUUUUCAAAUGAUUGGUUUUGCCCCAAUUAAGCAACCUUCCAAACUGGGCUUGUACUCUCUGCAUUUCUUUUGCUUUUGCAUUCUUACUGUUGAUAAAAGAGCAAUGUGCUUUUGUUUUGUUUUAAACAUGGCAAAAAAAGGAAAAAAAAAUCUCCCACAUAUUAAAAAAAAUGUCCCUUUAUAGAUAUAUUUAUUUUGAAGUUCUAUUUUAUAUAGUAUUUAUUUAGAUGCCUACUUUUGUGUGUGAAUAAAAGCUUAUGUCAAAACAGAAUGUACAAUUGAAAUGGAAAAAUAUAUAUUGUUAAAUAUAAAAUGUUGUGGCGUCUUUUCUUCAUGCUCCAUCACACACAGAUGUUAGCGAGUAUAAUUAUCUUUAAACACUCCCAGGUUUUUUAAACAGUCCAAGAUACGAGAUAUAUUACAUUUCAAAUCAGUUACGGCUAUAGACUAAGAGAAAACAUAUAAUCGUAUAAUACAACCAGCUGGUCCUUAGCAAAUUGACAAUGUUUUUGCAGCUUGAAGUUCUGACCACUAAAACUUCUUGGUCUGUUUAUAAUUAGUACAUCAUGAUGGUGCUUUUCUCAGUCAGUAAAAUGGCUUCCAAACUAAAACAAUUGGCUCUUUCUGCUGAUCAAUAUUUUAAGUGCACUCGGUUGAGGAAGAAGCCUACAAUCCAGUCAGUUAGUGCAGACUUCCCCUCUGUGUUUACGCGGUCACUUUCCUUCCGCUCUGUGUCUGUGUGGUCAUGAGCUUCUAGCACAAACCUAGAAUUCUGGUGAGCAAUACU